AUGCAGAUAGAAUUGACAACGAUUCGGCAAGAUAUUCAUGCUCAUCCCGAAAUGGCCAUGGAAGAAGAACGAACAGCAACUCUUGUCGCUUCUAAACUCAAACAAUGGGGUCUAACGGUUACUGAAGGUGUCGGUCGAUAUGGCGUUAUUGGAACAUUGAAGAGUCUCCAGCCAGGCGAUCGUUCCAUUGGCCUUCGUGCCGACAUGGACGCUCUGCAACUUAUAGAAAAAUGCAAUGUACCGUAUGUUUCAACGAAGCCUGGUACAAUGCACGCCUGUGGUCAUGAUGGACACACGACUAUGCUGCUUGGGGCUGCGAAGUAUUUAGCCGAACAUCGAGAUUCAUUCUGUGGAACUGUUCAAUUUAUCUUUCAACCAGGCGAAGAAGGACUUAAAGGCGCUAUCGCCAUGAUAAAUGACAAUCUCUUCGAACGAUUUCCCGUUGAUGCUGUCUAUGGUUUGCACAAUAUUCCAGAACAAUUAGGAAAAUUUUCUAUACGAUCAGGUCCUCUGAUGGCAGCAUCCGAUCGUUGGUAUGUUACAUUUCGAGGUACUGGAGGUCAUGGAGGCGCAGCACCGCAUCUUGCAACUGACGUUACAGUUUUACAAGCACAAUUCAUCAUGGCGCUGCAAACCAUUGUUAGUCGUAAUAUCAAUCCGAUUGAUACAGCAGUGAUCAGUGUUGGUGCCAUUCAGGGUGGCUCUUUCCUAUCAGCUAAUGUUAUGCCAUCUGAAAUACGUAUUGGAGGUACUGCACGAAGUUUCACUGAGUCUGUUCGUGAUCUUAUUGAACGACGUAUCAAUGAAUUAGCGAAUAAUCUAGCUACGACUUUUGGAUGUACGGCUCAUGUAGAAUAUAGUCGAGGUGGAACUCCUCUUGUUAAUCAUGACGAACAAACAAAACGAGCAAUCAAAGCUGCUGAAGCAGUCGUCGGCAUGGCGAAUGUCAACAAGAAUAGGGAACCUUUUACGGGCGCUGAAGAUUUUGCUUUCAUGCUUUUGAAACGACCCGGUGCUUUUAUCUUCAUGGGCAUCAAUGAUAAAGAAGUAUCUGCUCAGUUGCAUUCGCCUGAUUAUAACUUUAAUGAUGAUGCAAUUCCAUUCGGUGUCGCCUACUGGAUAAGUCUUGUCCAGCAAGAACUCAAUAAUUGA